AUGGAUUACGCCAAAUCCCUGAGCCAGCGCCUGGCUGCUCCUGUCUCCAAAUGUGUCUCAGCCAGUGCCUCCAUGACCCAGCAGCUCCUGGCCGGCCCAGCCCCACCACCACGGCCCUACCGAGUGUGCAACUGGGACCGCAGCCUGCGCAAGGGUGUCAUGGCAGGGAGCCUCGCCGAGCUGCUGCGCCAGGCUCAGAGCACCCUGGCCAUGCCCCAUCCCAUCUCACUGGUGUUGGAUGAGGAUGGCACUGCAGUGGAGACUGAGUCGUUCUUCCGGACACUGGAGGAGGGCACAGCACUGAUGGCCCUGAGCAAGGGGCAGACUUGGGCUGCCUCCAAGACCCCUGGCUACCAGCUGAGCCUGUCCCGCAAGCCCCCUCGGAGGAUUGAUGUUGCUUGUGUCACCUUCGAUCUGUACAAGACUCACCCAAAGGAUUUGGGCUGCCUCAACGUCAAAGCCACUCUCUAUGGCACCUACAGCAUGUCCUAUGACCUGCGCUGCUACGGGGCCAGGCGCCUGAUGAAGGAAGCUCUGCGCUGGACACUGUUCACUAUGCAGGCCACCGGUCAUGUCCUGCUCGGCACCUCCUGCUACAUGCAGCAGCUCCUGGAUGCCACUGAGGAGCAGCAGAAGGAAGAGGAGAGCAACCCAGUGCUGCCGAACCUCCUGCCACUCAGCCUCCCAGCCCUGCCCUGCAGGAAGAUGCUGCAGUGA